CUGUGGUUAAUGAUUGCAGCGUUGGAGUGGGAGAGUAUAAAACAGGCAGAUGAAAGCGUCUUGCUCACCUUCAGAGUCUGCCAUCACCAUGUCUUUUACUGGAAAAUACCAGCUGGAGUCUCAGGAGAACUUUGAGCCUUUCAUGAAGGCUAUUGGUCUCCCUGAUGAGCUUAUCCAGAAGGGCAAAGACAUCAAGAGUAUCUCUGAGAUUGAGGAGAAUGGUGACAACUUCAAAGUGACGGUCACUACUGGCUCGAAGGUCCUCGUCAACACCUUCACCAUCGGACAGGAGUCUGAGCUGGAGACGCUCACUGGAGAGAAGGUCAAGGGGGUAGUUAUGCGUGAGGGCAACAAGCUGAAGGUCUCCCUGAAGGGAAUUCAGUCAGUCACAGAGCUGGUGGAUGGGAACACGAUUGUCAAUACAAUGACUGUGGGUGGCAUUGUAUACAAGAGGAUAAGCAAACGCAUGUGAAUAUUUUUGCACUGGGAUAAUAAAAUGUAAAAGGCAAAA